AAAUGUUUGCGGAUCGCAUCCGCCCUUUCCCAUUCGCUGUCCUUUUGUCUUCUUUUUCUUUUUUCGCUCUCUCUCUCUUUUUCUUUUUCUCUGUUCAAUUUACUUUGAAAAGAAGAUUGACAAAUCGACAGCAAUGUCGACGCCGACGCGAGAUUCGAUCGAGAGUUUCAAGAGCAUAACCGGCGCGUCUGAUUCAGUCGCUUUACGAAAAUUAGAGGAGUAUGGAGGCAAUUUAAAUGCAGCUGUUAGUGCACAUUUUCUUGAAUUGGAAAGAAGCAUUACAAACCCGACAUAUGCCGUGCCUUCUCAAAAUAAUUCUGUUGAUAUGAACAAUCAGAAUGGAGUUGGAAUGCGUGGAAUUGUUCCAUUCAUCUCUGCUGUCAGAAGAUUUAGGCCUUCGUUACUGCUUGACGCCAAUUACAGGAGGAAUUUGCUUAACGGGAGUGGUGCUUCUAACUUCAAUCACCAUGUGACAUCUCCUCAUAUGGGAGAGGUGACAGGGGUCCCUGUAGGGUUCAACAGCGGAAAUGAGCAUCCUCUGCAUUCGGGAGUAAGACCAGCCAUCACAGAUUCAACAGGACCACCAUCGUAUUAUGGAGGGGGAAUUUAUGGGAAUGUCUCUAGUGAUGAUCAUCAACAUCCGAAUGAUAUAGAAUGUGAAAUGAUGCAAGCUGCAAUUGAGGCUUCUAAGCGGGAGUUUGAACAGACUCAUAUGAAUGAGCAACAUGGUUCUUCCUAUAAUUCAUCUAGAGCUGGGCUUCAACAGAGCCGACUUCAGCAAGAAGAUGAUGAGCUUGCUCGUGCAAUUUCAUUGUCUUUGAAGACAGCAGAUGAAGAGAAAGCCGUACGUGUCAUGAAGGAUCAUUAUGAGCAAGUGGGAAUAUAUGAUUCAAGUGCAAGGACUCAGGCAACAACCAAUAACAGCUUGAAGGCAGGAAACUCAUCACUUAGACAACUACCAGCGAAUCAUGAUUCCAGCCAUGAUACUCCUCUUAAUCGUGUACGGCACAGUAAAGAUUCCUUUAAUUCUAUAGAGUGGGGAGGUAUUUCAUCAGAAGAACUUGAUCAAGCAAUUAUGCUGGAGACCCAACUUUUUAGCCAGAUUCCUGAAGGUGCUUCAUAUCGUUCUUCCAAUCUAUCCCAUGAGCAAAGUAGUCCAGGUGCAAGUGUUGAUCCUGGUCCACAGGCUCUAUCUCAUCCACAAUCAUUCUCGUUAAUGGAACGGCAUUUAUUGCGGCAACAGCAGGAUGAUGAGUAUCUGGCGUCCCUUUUGGCUGAUAAAGAAAAGGAAAUGAAUUCUCUCAAGAAAGCUGAAAGUCAUAGUUUGAAAGAAGAAAAAUCAUCCAAAAGGAAGCUUGGAGGAAAGGAAUCUGAAAUGUCUGCAAAGGAGACUUCACUUCCACCUGAGCCAGCUGUAAAUGAUGAGGAUGCAGUAACUAUACUUGUUAGGCUGCCAGAUGGCACCUGCCAUGGACGUCGCUUUCUCAAGUCAGACAAGCUCCAGCUUCUUUUUGACUUCAUAGAUAUUAGUAAAGUAGUGAAGCCCGUCACUUACAGACUGGCAAACAGGAAGCUUUGUUUCUGGAGUUCAUAUAGCGUUGCCCAGAUACCCUGACUUCGAGAAAUUUACCUUGUCCUGUUGAAAUUGAUACCGGGGAUUGAACAAGAAAGUUAUCAAGGUGCAGGAGCGGUCCAAUAUUGCUUAACUGCAAAAAGAAUCUUCUCUCUCUCAUGGGGUCCGUCCUCAUGGUCUACAAUUCUUCCAUCCCAUUGCAUAACAUCUAUGAUGUUCUUGAUCUUCACCAAGACAUCCACGUCGUCUCUGAUGAUCACACUGCCUUCUGGUCGUAAAAUCCUAUCCAUUUCUAGAAGUAUAUCCUCCAUUUCACAUCUGUCAUAUAAAACCAAUUAGUGCCUCAUAAUGAUUAAUUAAUGAAAUAAUAAAGUGGGUUUUGACUUUUA